AUGUUGGACUGCAUUGCCCUUCACACGCCCUGCACCCACCGCCGCGCUGCCGCUAUUCUCCAACAGCAGAGAAGUGAACAAACGGCCGGCGGGCGGGAGGCGGCGCGACAAAAACUCGAGAGACUCGGCGGGGCGUACGGCGAACUCAGCCGCGGGGCUCCACUCGCCCUCUGGCACGUCCACCACAGCCAUCACGAUAAGAAGAGGCAGACACCUCUCCAGGAGAACAAGAAGGGAAAAGAAAAAAUAGAAGAAAAGGAAAAAGGGCGGGAGUGUACACCAGAGAGGAGCGGCUCUCACGCACAGCACGAGGAGUUGGUGCUGCCGAGUCCAAAAAGAAAAGGACUCUGCGGGUGCCGCUCGCCGCUGCCAAAGAAGAAGUUUGCGGAGAAGAGUGAUGUGUGCACGGCCGCCGCUGCCGCUCUGGGGAAGGUCUCACCCAUUCCGGAGGACUUCUCCACAGCGUCCCUCUCACAAACACUGCCCUUGACGCCCGAUCAAUUAACAUCUUCGUCGCUUCUCUCACCAGCGGAGCUCAGCGCAGUGGAACUACUCGCGCACGAUAUAGAAGGCGUUUCGCCUCGGUGCUGGCAGUUAAGUCAAGAACAACUUUCGCCAAGCGCCAUAUACGCAGAGGAUGAUAGGAAGCUGCACGCCGCAGCAGCAGCAGCUACAGAGGCAGCCACCGCAGGAAUAAGAAGUUUGGGAAGAAAGACAUUCUCCUCCGCUUCUGCACGACAGAAACGUGCCCGUUCCGCUCUGGACGCCGCGGUACAUUCCGAAAUAGAUGAUCGCACUGCUCGAUGCCUUCACUUUGAUGCGGAGGAGUCCGUGAAACCACAACGACCCUCAGUCUCAGGAAUGGUGUUGAGGCGGUACAAUGAACUAACACAGCAAAGAAUGGCCACACAAUUCCUAGUGCUGCCAUAUUAA